AUGAACAACACAAAAAAUGACACAAAUUGCCACCUGGGGCAGUCAGGGACCUUCAUAUUGUAUGCAGAAAAACCUGGUAUAGGUAGGACGCCACAGAGCAUCCCAAAGACACCAAAAGUGCACUUUGUGCGGAACUGACGUAUCCUCUAACGUCAGGUGACGUAGUCUCUUGCACAGUUAGGACGGACACUUGCCAGACACCACGGUCUCUACGAUUCGCCGGUGGUGAAGGACGGCGGCGCCAUUUUGCGACUGAACGCGUGGAACCACCCUUGAUUAAGGAACAAUGUACCCCAACGCGUUAACACAUUUGGCGCGAUCAAACCCGUUCAGUGCGCCCCUUUUCACGCUACAGAAGGUCGAGGAGCCACCACAAAGCCUUGCUGCCGAACAUGGACCAAGAAAACGCACAUUGGCUGCCGCUGCAGUUGCCGAUUCUGACGUUAGCUGUGAGUUUGGCUCUAAGAAAUACUAUGCCUUGUGCGGCUUCGGCGGCAUCCUCAGCUGUGGGAUCACACACACGGCGGUCGUUCCCCUUGACCUGGUCAAGUGCCGUCUGCAGGUGGACCCAGACAAGUACAAGAGCAUCUUCAAGGGUUUCUCCAUCACCAUUAAAGAGGAUGGCAUGAGAGGGCUGGCUAAGGGCUGGGCUCCCACUUUCAUCGGUUACUCCAUGCAGGGUCUCUGCAAGUUUGGCUUCUAUGAGGUGUUCAAGAUCACCUACAGCGACAUGAUCGGAGAGGAAAACACCUACCUGUGGAGGACCUCUCUCUACCUGGCUGCGUCUGCCAGUGCAGAGUUCUUCGCUGACAUCGCCCUGGCCCCAAUGGAGGCGUGUAAAGUGCGUAUUCAGACCCAGCCCGGCUACGCUAACAACCUCAGACAGUGUGCCCCUAAGAUGUUCGCCGAGGAGGGACUCUGGGCUUUCUACAAGGGUGUAGUCCCUCUGUGGAUGAGGCAGAUCCCCUACACCAUGAUGAAGUUUGCCUGCUUUGAGAGGACCGUGGAGCUGCUGUACAAACAUGUGGUGCCCAAACCCCGUGCUGAGUGCUCCAAGGGUGAACAGCUGGUCGUCACCUUCGUGGCCGGAUACAUUGCUGGUGUGUUCUGUGCCAUUGUCUCCCACCCUGCUGACUCCGUGGUGUCUGUGCUGAACAAGGAGAGUGGCAGCACUGCCAUCGGAGUGCUCAAGAAGCUCGGACCCAAGGGUGUGUGGAAGGGUCUGGUGGCCCGUAUCAUCAUGAUCGGUACCCUGACCGCCCUGCAGUGGUUCAUCUACGACUCUGUCAAGGUCUACUUCCGCCUGCCCCGUCCCCCUCCCCCAGAGAUGCCCGAGUCCCUCAAGAAGAAGCUGGGGAUCACAGAGUAAAGAAACAAAAUGGCGGCCUUAUCAACAAAUAUCUAUAAAAAAUGGCGGCCUUAUCAACAGCAAUAUAAGAUGGCGGCCUUCAAACAACACAUCCUUAAGUUCACAUCCACACUGCACACCGCUAUCUGCCUGGUAUAGUCAUAGCUGUUCUGUUCUGCCUGUAGACCACCUACUCUGGUCUGAGCUACUUCAGCAUAUUACAUUCAGAGCAAAAUAUGCUAUGUAGAACAGACAUGCCGCUACGACGUGUAGAAUAAAGAAUCAUGUUGACUCUAUUAGUAGCGUUUCUAUCUGCGACGUUCCAAAACGUUUUCGUACUGAACAUGGCCAUGGUCAGCAUGAGUUGGGGUUCAUUUCAAUUAGAUUCCAGAAGUAAACUGAAAUUCCACUUCUAAAUUAUAAUUUCAUAAUUGGAAUUUUAGUUUUUCGAUUUGUUUUAAUUGAAAUGAAACUGAACCCAACCCUACUGGUCAAGGGGGAGGAGGGUUCCCACCUGUGGGGGAAUAGAGAGAAGACAAUAACACAUGCCAUCAGGUUAACACCCGACCGCAGUUGGUUAAUGUUCUAAUAAAUAAAUGAAAAUGUGGAAACA